CACUCGCCACAGCAAGAAACAAGUUAGAGUUUCACAUAACACAGUUAACAAUUCUGAUGCGCCACCGUCAGCAUCCCUCUUCUCCGCCACUCGCCGCUGUUAAAACCACCAGUCGCCACCUCAAAUCACCAUGUCCAGCCCAGAUACUCGCUCACUGAACUGGCGCUACACGGAGAUUGACGACAGGGAUCUUGAAAUCCGAGGCAGGACACUGUUCUUCAUCAUCGUGCUGUUCUCCAUUAUAAUCCUCGUCGCGGUUCUCUUCUUCUACACGCGCUGGAUCUGCCGCUACCACAACGACCUCUCUGUCCCCACCGCCUUCCACGCGCCGCCGCGUCCGGCGCAGCAGGGGCUGCCCCCCACCGCGAUCAAGAAGCUUCCCAUAAUCCUGCACCAGGCACCGGCGGACACUGACGGCGGCGCGUGGGAGGACAUGGAGUGCAGCAUCUGCCUUGGGGAGUUCAGGGACGGUGAGAAGCUGAAGGUGUUGCCGGCGUGUGAACAUAGUUUUCACUGUGAGUGUGUUGAUAAGUGGCUCACUCAUCAUUCUAGUUGUCCAUUGUGUAGGGCUUCUCUUAAGGUUGAAUCUUUGUUUCCAAAGAUUUUGAUUCAGGAACCACCCAUUAGAAUUGACAUCCGGUUAUAGCUCCCUUUUGAUUAUUUUUAUUCUCAAGGGACAUAGUUUCAAUUUGCAAUAUAAAUAAAAAAAUACAUAGCUCUUGGUAAUUUAUCUUCUUGGGCAUCUUGGGCAUUGUAAGUGCCUGUUUGGGGUGGCGUUGAGAGUCCCCAAACGCACGUUUCCAUCAACGCUCCAAGUUAUAGUGGUGGGCCAAACGUGCGUUUUUUAUGUCUCAAACGCUAUGCCAAACACACCCUAAAUCGUUGUAAAAAGAUAUAUACUAUGUGCUAAUCUUGCACCUAUGUACAAUUUUCUUACCA